ACCCGGAAGUGUUUUGUAGCAUGCGAGUCUGUUAUGUGGAUAGUGUUAUUUUAUAUAUGAUAUGUUUUUUUAUUUGCUUGCUUAUAAAAUAUUAAUUUCGAAGUGACUGCUCAUGAUGGAUGACACAAUUUUAAGUUUGAAGACAAAGCUUUUGGAUAAAGAAAGGGAGAUUGCAGAUUUAAAGAAGAAACUUGAUCAAAUGGAAAAGGGAAACUCAAUAUUAACAGAGUUGCAGGAGACGGUCACUGAUCUCCCACCUUUGAAAUCUACAACAACAUUAAACAAUGAUGACAUCAUGAGAUACAGCAGACAGCUCCUCUUACCCCAACUGGGCGUUAAAGGUUUAGGUUGUCCUCUUGCACUGUAUCUCGCCGCUGCUGGAAUAGGUCGUUUGGGUCUGUUGGAUUAUGAUUUGGUUGAUAUGAGUAACCUGCACAGACAGGUGCUUCAUACAGAACUGACUCUAGGUCAGCCUAAAGCCCUCUCUGCAGCCCAGGCCAUCAGCAGGUUAAACUCUGCGGUGCAGUGCGUUCCCUACCACAUUCAGCUCUCCAGAGAAAAUGCCAUUAAACUCAUUCAACAGUAUGACAUUGUGGCAGAUUGUUCGGACAAUGUUCCUACAAGGUAUCUUGUAAAUGAUGCCUGUGUACUGACCGGCAAGCCUUUAGUGUCAGCCAGCGCUUUACGAAUGGAGGGACAGCUCACCGUGUAUAACUACAGAGGAGGGCCGUGUUACAGGUGUUUAUACCCUUCACCUCCUCCACCUGAGACUGUCACUAACUGUUCUGAUGGAGGAGUUUUGGGAGUGGUGCCUGGCAUAAUGGGUUGCCUUCAAGCAUUAGAAGUACUGAAAAUUGCAUCUGGUCAAGGUUCUUCAUUUGAGAAGCAGCUGUUGAUGUUUGAUGGCCAGGAUGGACGGUUUCGCUCCAUACGUCUACGGGCCAAGCAGUCGGAGUGUGCGGUGUGUGGAGAGACGCCUACAGUAACCCAACUACAGGACUAUGAGCGCUUCUGUGGCUCCGCUGCCACUGAUAAGUGUCGAAGACUGAAUCUUUUGACUAAGGAACAGAGAGUCUCUGUGCAGGAGUAUAAAGAGAUUCUGGACAGCUCAACUCCUCAUCUCCUGCUCGACGUUCGGCCCAAAGUUGAGGUGGACAUUUGUCGUCUGCCAUUCUCAAUCAACAUUCCACUUGCUAGUUUAGAGGAGAACAAAUCUGAGCACAUUGCACAGUUAAAGGAUAAAAUCUGUGAACUUAAACAACAGCGGGGAAUCAAAUCAGAAGUCCCAGUGUUUGUGGUGUGUAAACUUGGCAAUGAUUCUCAGAAAGCCGUUCAGGUCCUGGAAAAGAUGUCUGGAAGAGACAUUGAGGAGGUUACGCUGAAGGACAUCAGUGGAGGAUUGAUGGCAUGGGCUAACAAAAUAGACCCAUCUUUUCCACAAUAUUGACUGUUUUGGUACUGAUUUUAUGAAUAAAAAUAAUAAAUAUUAAAGAAUGUGAUGUUCUUUCCAUUUACCUUAAUUGAUUGUUUUAUCAAAGUAUUUGUUUCAAGUGUUUUGACAUACUUAAAUUAUUAUAUGUUUUAGGGAUGCACCGAUAGGAUUUUUUUGGGCCGAUACCGAUUUAAACAGACAACUUCUGGCCGAUACCGAUCCGAUACCGAUAUUAAACACUUGUAUACAAUACUAUACAGUUGGUCUAUUAGCUAGUUUAUUUCUGCAUAAAAUUAUUUUUACUGAACAUGGAUUUGAUCUAAUUAACAUUCAACUCACCAACAUAAUAAGAGAGGCACAAAUUAAGCUUAAACAAAUAUAAGACGACAGCAUGACAACCUUCAAAGGUGGUUUUUGCUAUUCAGCAUUUAUUUUAUUAACAACAUUAACUCAUUUUUUACAUAUAAUGGAUUUCUUUAUGCAGUUAAUUAAUAAACAAUCGGUAUCGGCCUUUCUCGUGCUAUUGCCGAUAUGCCGAUGGUUUCAAAUUCAUCAAAAAUGUGCAUCACUAAUAUGUUUAUGUAAGUUUAUCUUGCGUCAUUCUUCAACUGGAGUGCCAAACAACAGGCAGAAUUAGUAAAAA